AUGUCUUCUUAUAUCACUGUGGAAAAGCGUCAUCUGGAAUAUCUCCUCCAGAAGGCUGGAACUGAUACUUCAAACGACCCGAACUAUGUGACCAUCUUAGAUUCCGAAUACAAGCGCCUGGUGUUGAUCUACGGUUCAUCUGCUGAGCGCGGUACCGAAGACUCCAAUGUAUCCUCUGCCCGCGGGGGUCUUGUUUCUUGCGGCGACAAGCACCGUGAGAACGACGGCAACUAUAAGCUGGCCCGCGCUUACGACGACAUCCAUGAAGACGACGAGGACGAGAUCCUCCUGGCGUCCCAGGACAGCGAAAGAGAAGACUACGACGAGUCGUCCAGGAGUACGACCGAGUCUCUCACCGUGCCCACCGUGCACCGUACCAUCCUCGUCCGUAACCUCCCCGACAGAGUCACCCACCGCGAUAUCGUCCAAGCCAUGCGGGGCGGAGCGCUCCUCCAUAUUUAUCUCCGGGCCCGCGAGCACAGCGCCAACAUCUCGUUCGUGGAGGAGUCGGACGCGCAGGAGUUCCUGAAGCAUGCGAAAGCCCACGGGCUGUAUAUCGCAGGCAAACGUACGGAGGUCUCCUGGAACGACCGCCAGUUCUAUCUGCCCCCGUACGUGCGGAGCAAGAUCAACAAUGGCGCCUCGCGGAAUCUGGUGGUGCAGAACAUCAACCCGAACAUCACCGAGGGGCUCAUCCGCCGCGAUCUCGACCAUAUCCACAACCUCAUCGUCGUCGCCGUCAGCUUCAAGCACGGGAACGCCUACAUCUCCACCAACUCGGUCCACAACGCGCUCUUUGCGCGUUCCUGCAUGAUGUCGCGCGUGACAUACAAGGGCAUGAAAAUCAACUUCUAUCCGGACGAGUGCGCUGCGCCCCUGGCCGCAAAGGCGCCCAUCGGACUGAAGAUGGCCAUUUCCCGGGCCCCGUCGGCGAAACCCGCUGCCAUUCCCAAUCGGUUCCAACUGCUCUCGCUUGAUGGGGCCGAGAGUGAUGACGAGGACGCGCUGGACCAGCAUGUUAACGGUAGUUCUCCGUGGGCAGAGGGCAUAUCAGCUUAG